AUGGACCCCAUGUUUUUAGCCUACAGUUACUUUAGAAGACGAAAAUACCAAAAAUGUGAAGAAAUCUGCUCCCAGUUAUUGGAGAAAAACCCUUAUGAUCAGGGAGCAUGGUCACUGAAGACAAGAGCCUUAACUGGGCAGGUCUACGUGGAUGAAGUGGAUGUUGAUGAAGAAGGUAUAGCAGAGAUGGUGAUGGAUGAUAAUGCUAUAGCAACAGUAGCUCGUCCUGGAACAUCUUUGAGAAAACCUGGCACUGGUCAAGGAAUGCCUAGUCAGGGAGUUAGGCCAAUGACAAACUCUGGAAGACCUGUCAGUGGGUUUGUUCGUCCUGGGACUCAGUCAGGCCGCCCUGGAACCAUGGAACAAGCUAUUAAAACACCACGUACAUCCCAUACAGCCCGUCCUGUAACCAGUGCUUCAGGCAGAUAUGUUAGACUUGGAACGGCCUCAAUGUUAUCCAGCCCAGAUGGACCAUUUAUUAACCUAGCUCGGCUGAAUUUUUCAAAAUAUGCCUCCAGACCUAAUUUAGCCAAAGCUUUAUUUGAAUAUAUUUUUCAUCAUGAAAAUGAUGUGAGAAAUGCAUUGGAACUGGCAUCGCAAGCUACUGAACAGUGUAAAUUUGAUGACUGGUGGUGGAAAGUGCAGCUAGCUAAAUGUUAUUAUAGAUUAGGUAUGUUUCGUGAAGCCGAAAAACAACUGAAGUCGGCCAUAAAACAACAAGAAAUGGUGGACUCAUUCCUGUAUUUAGGAAAAGUUUAUGUCAGACUAGACCAGCCCCUGACAGCUGUAGAAAUAUAUAAACAGGGCCUGGAAAAAUUCCCUGGUGAAACUACUUUACUUACUGGUAUAGCUAGAAUACAUGAGGGUUUAAAUGAACUAGAUGAUGCAGUAAAAUUCUAUAAAGAUGUAUUACAUUAUGACAAUAUGCAUGUUGAAGCUAUAGCCUGUAUCGCAACACAUCAUUUUUAUACUGACCAGCCAGAAAUAGCACUCAAAUUUUACAGGCAAUGGAGAUUGUUACAGAUGGGAGUUUAUAAUACAGAAUUAUUUAACAACCUUGGACUCUGUUGUUUUUAUGCUCAGCAAUACGACAUGACCUUGACAUGUUUUGAGAGGGCGCUGUCCAUGGCUGAUGAUCAGACCUUAGCUGACGUUUGGUUCAAUAUUGGACAUGUUGCUUUGGGUAUAGGAGAUAUGAACCUAGCCUAUCAGUGUUUCCGAAUGUCACUGGCCAGUAACAACGACCAUGCAGACGCGUAUAAUAAUCUGGGAGUUUUAGAGUUACGAAGAGGACAUAUAGAGGAGGCUAGAGCCUUUUUCCAGGCAGCGUUUGUGUUGGCACCACACAUGUAUGAACCACAUUAUAAUUUUGCUGCCCUAGCAGACCAGUUGGGAGAUCUACAGAGUAGUUAUAAUGCUGUGAAACGAGCAGUAGAUGCUUAUGAUGGUCACAUAGAUUCUAAGGAAUUACUUCAACAAUUAAAACAACAUUUUUCACUUCUAUAG